CCAUUGGUGAGAGACUUCACAUCCCGCAUUGCGCGCUGACAGGACCAGGACAAGAUGCUGCACCACCACCACCACACACACGCUCGCACUCGCACCUCCCACUCCAUAAUACUAGCCACUGCCGGCCUCCAAAGAAGCCUCUUCACUCUUCAAUGUGAAGCUUCAAUACCACGACCGACGACGACCACGUCGAGAAGCCGACAGCACCACCACCGAGCUUCCAUUCAUCACUGCUGCUCCCAACCACCCAGUCCACUUCUCACCACCCAUCACGACGAGCUCGGUUGACCGAGCACAUCCGCCCGCACAAUGUUCACCAUCCCGCAUUUCAGGAGGAAGUGGAGGUUCCCCAAUGUUCUGAUUAUCUUGAUGAUACUCGAGCUUGGAGGAACCGUGGCCGGAUUAGCAUUAUUUGGCAUCGCGGACCCGGAUCUUUUCCGCACCAGACUCUGGACAGUCGGUGCCAAUAAUGGAUUCAAUUCGAGCCCGACGGAGAUAUUAUACGCGUAUGCGAACCACAGGCCUAUACCUACGAUCCCGUUCGUAUGGUCACAAACUUUGACCUCAUUCAACGUAGCAAUUUCCGUCCUGUCCAUGUUCAUCCUCCUCGUCAAAGUCGUCAUGUUCACCCUCCACUGCUGGUAUCCCAUCCUAGGCACCAUCACAAACGGCAUCAUCACCGUCUUAUGGGUAGUAAGCAUGUACGGCCAAAUGGGACCCGAUCACUCAGACCCCGAGCACCCCUCCAACAUCGCCUGGUACAUCUCUAAGAGCUGCACAUACGCCGAUGCCACUGGCGAUCACCACUUCUGCGUAAUGGCAAAAGGAACAUUUGCCACUACCGUCCUCAUGAUGGUCAUCUUCCUCCUCAACUUCGCGCUAGGAGUAUACUCCCUGAUCCCCAGCGCCGCCGAACGCGCCGCCUCCAAGAUCGACGUAGACGACAUGCAAAUGAAAUCCUCGCCCGUCUCCUCAGACGGCCGCUCAGACAAAGAAUGGGAAAUGAAGCCCGUCCCCCGACAAUCGCAAAAGGUGCCCUACACACCCCGGACACUAGCCUUCAACACCCUGGAUCGCCAACUACCGUUACGAGCUGGCGAAAGCGACGGACGAUGGGGGAGAUGAACGAGUCUCAGUGUAAGAUGAUAUGGGAACAGGAGCCACUACUCGUCCUCGAUCGAGCAGAGAAGUUUGGUAUAUACAGACAGACAGACAGACAUUAUCACAUCAUAAUUUUCCUACCUGUUUCCGGGUUCAGGUUUAGGGUUUCUUCUUCUUCUUUUUUUCUUCUUACUUUAAUCUUGUCUAUAGUAUCUAUCAAACAAAAAAAUAAAAACACUCAUACCAAAUUCUUCUC